AUGGCCAAAAAUGGUCAAUCUAGCAAGCUCAGCAAUAUCAUAAAAGCCUUCGAUCCAUCAAAAUUGAAGUUGACUAACUAUGAUGACCUGAUAUAUAAGGAAUUCAAGCAGCAUUUUAAAAACAUUUCAAUUGAAAGAUUAAAUGAGCAAGAUUUCAAGUCUGAAAUCUCCAAAGCAAAAUGGAGACCAUUCUGUAAUUACUACAAGGGAAAAAUUGAUGAAUUUAACUUUGGAACACUUUUACGGAUUGACUGUAACAAAGACUACAGUAAAGAAAAUACUAUACUAGUUACCAGAAUACAGUUUUACGCCGUGGAAAUUGCACGAAAUCGCCAGGAGCUCAACAAACUACACUUAAAUAAAGAACCACAAGAUCAAGAUGACUCUCAGGAGAGAUAACGAACGUAGAUGAUUUCUUUCUCAAAGUAUUUACUUUCCAUUUAUGACCAUUUUAAUCGCAUCGCUUGCCAGUUUUUGUGAAACGAUAUCGUGGCAAAAAAGACUAGUCAUGGCGAUUUGAGAUCACUCUUGUUUUGGACAGUUUUGUUCUUUGGCUAAUGUUUUUUGUUAUUUGUUUGUUUGUUUUCGGUUUUGUUUCGUUUUGUUGUUUUUUAUCACGUUGAGACAAGAGAGCGAUUUAGCUAUUUUGCGGAGCUGUCGUCGCAUAUUGUCUUUCAGAUAAAGGCUCUUUUAAAAAUAGAAAAACAUUUCUUUUAUAUUCUACCAAAGCGACUCUUUUACACUCACAUAAAUUGUUAUUGCAAUACUAAACAUUCAAACUUUAUUUCUAGUGUAUUUAGAAAGUCACUCCUGAAAUUAUUAUUCCCAAAGGAAAAAGUUGUGCACUUUCGAAAGUGAAAUGAAUUUUUUUUGUGAACACAUGUCUUGAAACAAUGCAUUUAAAAUACUAAUUUGCAAUUAAAUUACAAUUUUGCAGAACGGAGUAAUUUUUUUAUACGCAUAUCAAAUCUUUAAAGUGAUAAA